UUUUAAUUCUCCUGUGCAGCUGCGGAGCUGUCUCUGGGACCCCUCAGUGAUGGGUUAGACUAGAUGUUAGUCAUGAUUGACGGCCUACAGCUUUUAAAGAGAAGGCUGGGACAACUUGGGUCUUCCCAGACCCAGCUCUAAAUGGGCUGUACCAAAGUCUGCUUCCAAGCCCUAGUUAGGACAGUUCAAAUCUCUAGGGUCCACUUUAUUAACCAUCUUACUCAGAGUCAUUGGCUCCCAGACCUUGGGCUCUUGGUCUGGCUGCCUGGCCCCAGGCUGCCUGAUUGCCUAAAGAUAUGUUAUUAGUACCUGCCUAAAGAUAUGUUAUUAGUACCUGCUACUCAUUAUCUUUUUAGUUUCUGUUGAAGGAGAGUCUGGCUUUUUCCCUGGGGUUGGUCUCCAUGGCUCUAGUGCUAGGAAUUGGACCUCUGAGUGGACUGUCUGGGACCUCUGAAAGCAGAACUUCUGGUAGGCAGGGAGGUCCACCCCUGGGCACCUGAACAGCAGCACCUGUAGGAACAGAGAUGGUCAUGGACUCUGGAUGUGCCAAGCGCUGGUUUGCGGAUACCCAGGCAGAUCUGCAGUGCCUAAUGCCAUGAGCGUGGUGGUGCAGCAUGUGGAGGAGAAAGCUGUGCACUCCUGGUCGCGGAUCUCCACGGCAGGGAAGAAGGCCCUGGAGGAAGCGCUGCUUGUCUUUAACCCCAUGAGCCAGGAUCUCAGUGCCACUGAGGCCCAGCUUGUGGCCUUCCUGCAGGGCCUGCGGGAUGAUGGCUUCCAACCUACCAUCCUGCGCAGCGGUGAUGUCUAUGGCUAUAGUUCGUGCACAGCCAACCCCCCAAGCCAGACAAAGCUUCAAGCUCGUGCCCCCACCCCAGCUGCCACAUCACCUCCAGCCAGUGCUCCCCGAACUGCCAUGCGGCUGCCUGCAGGCCGGGCCACGCUGCUCCCCAUGCCACUGUCUGGCAGGCUGGCCAAAGCAUCCACACCAGCCCUCACCAAGCAUGCUACCACCAACCUGCUACUGAGCUCCCUGAAGCAGUCAAGUGCCAGCCGUGCCCGUGGUGCAGCAGUGGGCUUUCCCACCCACCUCUAUCCAGGUGUCUACCCUGCCAUGCGGCUCUCUGUUGUCCUUGAGGCCCUGGUUCCACUCAAGACUCCCAUGCCAUGCUUGGGUGCCAAGCACAAGGCACAGUCACUGCAGCUCUCACUUGCAGACUCUCCCCUGAAGCUGCGGAAAGGUCCAGGGAAGAGGCUGGGGAAUUCCCAGCCCAAAGCUCCCAGAAAAGCCACAAGCAAGGGCCCCAAGUGUCUGACUCGAAGAGGCCCCAGGACUGGACGCCGACAAGGCACUGGGCCCCAGAGCAAGACCUCCAAAGCCUCUGGUUCCCUCAGUGGCCCACGAAUGAAAGGUGGCUGUGCUCUGGGCACCAAAACAGCCCAGGCCAAAGCUGCCCGUGCCCAGGCCAAGGUGGCUCGAACACAAGCCAAAGCUGCCAAGGCCCGGGCAAAAGCCAAGGCAGCACGGAUCAAGGCCAAGGCCAAGGCAGUGCGGGCCAAGGCCAAGGCCAAGGCAGUGCGGGCCAGGGCCAAGGCCAAGGCAGUGCGGGCCAGGGCCAAGGCCAAGGCAGUGCGGGCCAAGGCCAAGGCAGUGCGGGCUAAGGCCAAGGUGGCUCGGACCCAGCCCAGGGCCAGGGGCAGGCCAAAAAGGUCCGUUCAGGCCAGGACUGCAAGGAGGAGCCGGAAAAGCUGCCCUGAGACUGUGGGAGAGAAGAGGAAAAGGACUGAGGAGGCAAAGGAUCUUCCUCCCCAGAAGAGAACACGGCUUGGCCCCCAAUCCCCUAAGGUAUGGCUAGGACCUGGAACGGCAAAGCCGCUGAAAUUCCGGGCCAUCAAGGUGGACAGGCAGUCCUCAGACGAUGAGGUGCGGCAGCAGGCUCAACGGAUCCUCCGUGUGAACCUUUCCCCUGUAAUACGACUUCAGCCAUUGCUGCCAUACUCAGCACCCUGAUUCCUUCACGUAGCAACGUUCGGGGAAACUGAGCCCAGUUGUCUGUGUGGCCAGUGGCACAGUGUGCAAUGCCCAUGGAUUCCACAACCCUAAGGACUCUGGGUGCCUCUCCAGGGCCCUGAGAGCCACCGGCCUCCUUUCAGAGACUGGAGGAUGUGGGGUGGGGUGGGCGGGUGGGAGGGGUGGUCUCAUGGCGCGAUGCACUGUGACUUGUUACUCUUCAAGUUGUAUGUCCACUAUUCCAUCUAUCACGUUUUAUACCUUUC